UAAUGGCUGCAGUCAACGUACAGAUCUCCUCUCAUUGUUUACAUUUCAAAACGGUAUGUCCCCUGUGUUUUUCAGGCUGUCAUUGAUACAGGAUCAACUCUAACCCCGCAACGAUGACAAAUAAUACUGAAUGAUCGUGAAAAGGUUAUCCGUGAGACAGUAACACGUCGGCUAUAAGCGAACUAGCCCUGUGUGCUAACUAUCCCAGCUCCAUCUUUCCCGUGUUUCACUUUGCUCCAGAGAUGGGAAGUUAGUCUUCAUCUUUAUUUUUGGCUUACCUGCGCUCGGAUCCCAGGUACAACCAAAUGACUGAGGAGGUAUAGCGACAGGGGAGCCUAAAGGUCGGAGAACAUCUUCAACUGAAGAACAUCGCAGGAGUGCACAAUGUUUAGUUUAACUCAAAGCUCCAAGUCUGAGUUCCUGGACAAAGCCAGGCAGGCCAGGGAGGAAAGAAGGGGACACAAGGACAAGGAGAAAUCAGCAAUCCUCAUGCAAGCCCUGGUCCGGAGAUUCCUCUGUCGCUGCAGACUCCAGAAGCAAAUACGGCAAGAGGUCGAUGACUAUUUUCAAGCUUCUGAAACUGGGACAUCAAAAAGAAAUGCACUUUCAAUUUUCAAAAUCGCUCGGAAAUUACUAUUUGUAUAUCGCCCAGAGGACAAGAUGAUUCUACAGAUGUUUGAGAAGGUCUGCCGUGCAAUCCUUGCCAGCAUGGAGGUUGAAAAUGAACCCAAAGUCUGGUAUGUUUCCUUGGCUCUCUCCAAAGACCUCACCAUUCCCUGGCUCAAACAGAUAAAAGAUGUGCUGUGGAUCUGCUGUCAACUACUGAAAAAAUUAAAGCCUGACAUACUUCAGGACAACAAAAUGAUAACGCUGUACCUCAGCAUGCUGGUGACUUUCACAGACACUUCAACCUGGCGGAUAGUCAGAGGGAAGGGAGAAGCUCUCAGACCCGCUUUGACGAGGAUUUGUGAAAAUAUCAUGGGCCACCUCAAUCAAAAGGGAUUCUACUCCAUACUGCAGAUCUUGUUGACAAAUGGCUUGGCUAGAAGUAAACCAUCCCUCUCCAAAGGCACCCUCACAGCUAUCUUCUCUUUGUCAUUAAGGCCGGUCAUUGCAGCUCACUUCUCCGAUAACCUGCUAAGAUCAUUCCUCCUUCACAUCAUGUCAGUUCCUGCAGUCGUAUCUCACCUCAGCGUGCUUACUCCAGAGUGUAUGGCGUCCAUGCACACGCAUGACCUGCUGCGGAAGUUCAUUAUUUUUCUGAGCCGGGAGGAACAGUGUUUGGACAUCUGUGUGUGUCUGGAGGGGAGCCACACACUCUGCCUACUUGGCAACCUGAUUCACUUGGGCUUCUUUAGUGAGAAAGUCCUGGAAGAGGAGGCCAACCAUUUUGUGAAGGACCUGACGGACAUGCUGUCCUACUGUCAGAGAUAUGUAUCCCAAAAGAAGUCCAACCUCACCCACUGGCACCCUGUCCUGGGCUGGUUCUCCCAAACCGUAGACUACGGUCUGAAUGAGUCAAUGCCGCUGGUGACUAAACAGCUUCAGUACCUGUGGGGUGUUUCUAUUAUUCGGACCCUCUUCAGCGAUGUCCUCUCUAAAAAGCUGGAGAGUCAGGAGCCCACUCCUCCACCCCCGCAGCCUAGCACAUCGCAAAACAAUCUACCAGUGAAAAACCUCUUCAAGCGAGCAUUUCAGAAGUCUGCUUCUGUUCGAAACAUCCUGAAACCAGUGGGAGGAAAGCGAGUGGACUCAGCUGAAGUUCAGAAGGUGUGCAGCAUCUGUGUGCUCUACCAGACCGCUCUGUCCACUCUAACGCAAAUACGACUCCAGAUACUCACCGGUCUGACACACCUUGAUGAACUUUUGCCCAAGCUUUGGGCCUUCAUUUGUGAGCUCGGUCCUCAGGGAGGCCUCAAACUCUUCAUGGAGUGUCUGAACAACGACACCGAGGAGUCCAAGCAGCUCCUGGCUAUGCUCAUGCUCUUCUGUGACUGCUCCCGGCACCUGAUCACAAUUCUGGAUGACAUUGAAGUUUAUGAAGAACAAACAUCUUUCAAGAUCGAGGAACUCCUCACCAUCUCUUCAUUUCUGAACACAUUUGUGUACAAGAUGGUAUGGGAUGGCAUCUUAGAAAAUGCUAAGGGAGAGAAACUGGAGCUGUUCCACAGUGUUCAUGGCUGGUUAAUGGUUCUCUAUGAGCGGGACUGCAGGCGANGGGCAAUAAUAUUAAUAUAA